AUGUCAGGUGAGACAGGAGAAGACUGCCAAGGCAGAGUGGACAUGGACAGCGUGACCACUGUGGACAGUGCUGCUAGCACAAAGAACAUGACGGAGACGGAUACAGCCUGGAGAACUGGUCUGGAUCCAGACGAGGAGUAUAAAAUGAGCAGCAAACGACGAGGGCUUGCAAUUAUUUUUAAUCAAGAACACUUUUACUGGCGCCUGGGGAUGAACAUACGAUCUGGAACCAACGCUGACCGAUAUAAUUUAGAAAGAAGACUAAAAGCCUUAAACUUUGAUGUCAGGGUUUAUGAGAAUCACAAACAGAUGGAGAUCUUGGACAUACUUUGUGAAGCUGCAGAGUCCAAUCACUCAGAUGCAGACUGCUUUAUGCUCAUCUUUCUGAGCCAUGCCAUGUUCAAAGGUGACAAGUGCAAGAGUCUGGUUGGAAAACCUAAAAUCCUUAUAAUACAGGCGUGUCGUGGAGACAAACAUGACGUCCCCGUGAAGCCUUGUGACGCUGUGGACAAUGUGAUAAAGACCAAUGAGGUUGUGGUGGAUGCCAGUGCGGUCCACACGCUGCCUGCAGGGGCAGACUUCAUCAUGUGCUACUCUGUCGCUGAAGGUUAUUACUCCCAUCGAGAGACCAUCAAUGGAUCUUGGUAUAUUCAGGAUUUCUGUGAGCUGCUUCACAAGUAUGGAGAUUCUCUUGAGUUCACCGAGCUGCUCACACUAGUCAACAGGAAAGUGUCCAUGAGGAGCGUUGGUCACUCCAACGAUCGCACCGCCAUUGGGAAGAAGCAGGUGCCUUGUUUUGCGUCUAUGCUCACCAAAAAACUGUACUUUAGACCAACGCCUGCAGACAAGGAACCAGGAACCACAUAA